GUAAGAUUCAACAGUGAAACAGAAAGUGUUACUCUGCUUACCGUUUUUGUUAUCCUGGUCUUCGAUAGAAGACCAUGGAGACAAUAAAGAUCACAGAUAAAAAUGGCGCAUCUUUUGAUUUGCGCCUGUAUAACGGUAUACAGUUCCCUGCCUUCUCUAAAGGAGACCUGAAAACACGAGCAGACUCGUUUAAAAACAUUAAAGUUCGAGAAGACGAUGUCUUCAUAGCAUCAUACCCCAAAGCAGGUAAACACUGGGUAUAUGAGAUCACCAACAUGCUUCUUACUGGGAAGGUCGACUUUAUGACAUCUUACGCCACAUCAGGAUCUUUAGGAGAGACUUCUUUUGAGGAAAUGAAAUCUCCAAGAAUCCUGGUCAGUCAUCUUUUAUUUAAGGACUUUCCUACAGAUAUAAAGAGCAAGAAAUGUCGUGUUAUCUACAUCAAUAGAAACAUGAAGGACUGUGCCGUAUCCUUCUACUGUCAUAUGAAGAAAAUGGCAGAUGAAUGGGGCUACAAUGGUACAUUUGAAGGAUUUCUGCCUAUUUUUAUGAGUGGACAAGUGCCCUAUGGGUCUUGGUUUGAGCAUACAAAACAAUGGGAGGCAGCACUACAGGAACAGUCACAUUUGUCCAUGUUGCAUCUGAAAUAUGAAGACAUGAAAUCGGACUUGUUAAUGAAUGUACGAAGAAUUGCCAAAUUUCUUGGCGUAGAGGAAAAUGAGGAAUUGUUUGAACAGAUCGUGGAGAAAUGUGACUUUAAGAAAAUGAAGACCAGCGGUACCUUUGGUACGCCAUGGAAAUCACUGACAAAAGAUGGAACAUCUCCCAUAUGUAGGAAAGGUGAAGUUGGGGACUGGAAGAAUUGGUUAACAGUGGCUCAAAAUGAAGAGUUUGAUGAAACGUACAACAAAGAAAUGAAAGAUUCAAAAUUUGUUUUCCAGUUUACAUUAUAAUAACCCGUAAUCUGAUUUGAAAUACAUAGUUUUAAUUCAUCUAUAAUCAGAAGCUUCAAGUUUGUGGUAAGUAAUAAUACGAGGAGUAAAGUGACGUAACCAGCUUGUAUCAGUGUAUCACAAGAGGACAGAACAUUAUUACAUUGUUAUUAUAGCAAUCAUGUUGACUGUUGUUCACCAGGACUGGGAAGUAUUACUCCUGGUAAUGAUCUUACUAGGACUCAGUUUUAGGAUUCAUUUUUAACCCCCGUGGUAUUUUAACAGUAAGGUGGUUAAAGGGUCAGAAGUCACAUUUGACAACUUCUGCUACUUCAUUAGUGAUGUUUGUGUAUGGGAGGGGAGACAUUUAUGUCUUGUGGCCAUCUGUAGGCUCCUUAUGUAGUUGAAGAAAUGUUUCAUUGGUCUUCACACUAUCAGUUAUCAUAGUUUAUUUUAUGAUUUGAAAUAAAAAAUACUUGUAUGUUUUCCAAUAAGAUUUGUACUGGUUAUUUGUCAAGAGUCACUAGACAUAUUUAAAUAGGUUUGGGAAGGUUCUUUAUGUUAUAUCAAGUAUACAAACUAUUUUCAUUACCAAUAAUCUGUUUGAUUAGAAAUGAAUUUGAAGGACAUAAGUAUCUUUGAUUUCCAAUGGGCAACAAUUAAUCUAUUAUAUGUAACAAUGAUAAUUCAUUUACCGUAAAUUUGCGGGUAUAGUGCCCAGGUACUUUUUUGGGUUCAGAUUCAGAUGAGGCGGAAAUUCAGACACUACUUUUUAGCCCCGACCAAUAGUAAGACCAUGACUUUUCAAAUGACGGGAAAUGAAAAAAAAAUCAGAUUCACCGUAAUGCCAGUGUGUAUGGCCGAUGAUUAAAACAUUCAAAUUUUAUUUCA